CGGGGCUCCGAGGCCCGACUCUGGGACCCAGGCGCCGCCCGGGGUGGCCGCGCGGGAGCAUGGCCUUGCAGCUGGGCAGGCUGAGCGCGGGCUCCUGCUGGCGCGCGGCGCGGGGCGGCUGCGGGGGGCUCUGCGCCCGGUCCCCGCGCCCCGCAGCCGGCCCGGCGGGCACGGGGCAGAGCCGCGGGCUGGGGCGCGUCCCCGCGGCGAGCGGCGGCACCUGGCAGGGCACCGGGCUGGCCGCGGCGCUGGCGGGGCUGCUGGGGCUGGCCGCCGCCGCCUUCGGGCACGUGCAGCGCGCGGAGAUGGUGCCCAGGAGCUCGGGGGCGCGGGAGCCGCCGCUGCGGAGGCCGGAGGAGGACGACGAGCUGGCCCGCCGCUGCCGCCGCUUCAUGGCCGCGCCCGUGACCGACCUGGGCGAGCUGCGGAGGAGGCCGGCCGACGUGAAGACCAAGAUGGAGCUGCUGAUCCUGGAGACCCAGGCGCAGGUGUGCCAGGCUCUGGCACAGGUAGACGGCGGCGCCGGCUUCUCUGUGGACCGGUGGGAGAGGAAGGAGGGAGGUGGCGGUAUCAGCUGUGUACUUCAGGAUGGGCGCGUUUUCGAAAAGGCUGGGGUGAGCAUUUCUGUUGUUCAUGGAAAUCUUUCUGAGGAAGCAGCGAAACAAAUGAGAAGCAGAGGAAAAAUUCUGAAGACUAAAGAUGGUAAAUUGCCAUUUUGUGCUAUGGGCGUGAGUUCUGUCAUCCACCCCAAGAAUCCUCAUGCUCCUACUAUCCAUUUCAACUACAGAUACUUUGAAGUAGAAGAAGCUGAUGGUAACAAGCAGUGGUGGUUUGGUGGUGGAUGUGACCUCACCCCAACAUACCUGAACCAAGAAGAUGCUGUCCAUUUCCACAGAACUCUAAAGGAGGCUUGUGACCAGCAUGGUUCAGAUCUCUACCCCAAAUUUAAAAAAUGGUGUGAUGAUUACUUCUUUAUAGCCCAUCGUGGAGAGAGGCGGGGCAUCGGUGGUAUCUUCUUUGAUGAUCUUGACUCUCCGUCCAAGGAGGAGGUGUUUCGCUUUGUGCAGAGCUGCGCCAAGGCUGUUGUGCCUUCUUAUAUUCCCCUUGUGAAAAAGCACUGUGAGGAGCCAUUCACCCCCCAGGAGAAGCUGUGGCAGCAGCUCAGAAGGGGACGGUAUGUAGAAUUUAAUCUGCUGUAUGAUCGGGGCACAAAGUUUGGCCUCUUCACUCCAGGAUCCAGAAUUGAAAGCAUCUUGAUGUCUUUACCUCUAACUGCCCGAUGGGAGUACAUGCAUUCACCCUCAGAGAAUUCCAAAGAAGCUGAAAUUCUGGAAGUUCUGCGUCAUCCAAGGGACUGGGUGCAUUGAUGCAGGCAGAGUGGCCAUGCAGCGGUUUGGAGGGCAGAUGUGUGGUCCCCAUGCCGCUGGCUGGCACUGUUGGCCACCGUGUGGCAGUUAGUUACCUGUGCCUUAGUGCCCCGGUCUUCUCCCCUCUGCACCCUGCCUUGUGGGCAGAUGGUAGCAUGUUUUGGAUGCUGUCAGUGAUGAAUGGUGAGAUGGAAGAUUGUCAGUCAGUUGAUUAAACCUCAUUUGUACAUUUAGCAUCAUUUUAUAUGACCAUUUUACAAAAUAGGACAUUGAGUUUCCAAGUAUUGAGAUAAGGGAAUAUAGUGUUAUAUGUAUCAGGAAAUUUCUCAUCUUGUUUUUGUUUCACGUAUUUUUUUUAAAGUUUUCAUUUCUGCCACAAAAAUCUGUCGUGGGAUACAUUUUAUUUUUAUUCAUUCAGUGAAGUUGAGACUUCAUAAUAAUUUUAGAAUGCAACUUGAAGGUAAACAUUUUAUUUUGUCAGUACUGAAGUCUCUGAUGUAAUCUUUAUAUAUCUUCCAGAGAACGUAAUAUUGUAAAGUAGAUAACCUUUUUAUAAUAGGUAUUUAGAAGCACUUGAAAUAUUCUUAAUCUCUGCAUGUGGUAUAAUUCAGUUAUUUCUGUAGUUUGUAAAAUCUAAAGUGACAUUACUAUUUUUUAAGAGAUGUCUGAGUUGUAAUUUUGAUUUUUGUGGAACCAUAGUUUGUUAAUGUUGGGAUUCUCUGCACUUUUAAAUGUGAAAGCUUAUAUUCCUGAAUUCUGAUAUUUAAAUUUUCUAUUUCAGACAUCUCUAUGUGGAAGUUGAGACUAAGGACAAUCCUAGGGAUGUCAUGAAUUUAGGCAAUGUUUCUCAUUUGGAAAGUGAAAUGAGAAAUAAUUUCCUAUUUAAAGCAAAUAUACAUAAUAUGAGAAACUUACAGGCAUUUUGUACACAUGUUUCUUAGCAAAGUGGACAUUGAAAAUGUCCUCUCUUUUUUUUUGAGACGGAGUUUCACUCUUGUUACCCAGG